GCCGCCUUUCACACGGACAACAGUCGCUUUUGGUACAAUUUGAUGACAUCAGCAGCUUAUGCGGCCAAGCGUAUCCGUUCAAGGCAGUCAAACUCGCUCGUGUGUCUCCUCUAAACACUCUACUUCUUGUGCAGCUCGUAGACUAGCUACAAUGUCACAAUUUCAACUGCAAUAGCCCGUAGUACUGUGACGCCCGAGCGGAAGCGGAAGCUAGGGGCAGGCCUGGAAAAUGUUUUGGGGCGAUGUCGUUUACUACGUGCCCUUCGGCCCUUUAACAUGUAUGCUUAUGGGCAUCAUCGGCACGGGCAUAUGGGUCCACUACACGGCGUACAUGUACAACCAGGUGACCUGGGCGCUGGAGAUCCUAGGCCCCACCGUGACGGCGCACGACCUGGGUCGCAUGCACGAGGCCAUCAUCGCCACCUCGACGGUGUACAUGCUCUUCGCCUUUUUCAACUUCCUGGUGGGCCUGUGGCGCAAGAUCAUCCAGGUCAAGCAAGACACCGAAGGCUAUGACGCCAAGACCGGUAAAAUCUACCGCAUAGUGGUGCUGCUGCUGGGCUUCUCAUGGUGGAUCCAGGUGGCGUGGCUGGUGCUGCUGCUGAUGGGGUGCGGCAUCUUCGCGGUGGACGCCUACGUGGCCUACCGCAUCAUGGAGAAGGUGCAGCAGAACCAGGGCGCCAUGGCGGGUGUGUACAGCGCCUGGGUGACCGGCGCCGCCACUGGCUGGUCCAUAAACCCCGCCGCGCUGGCGGCCGCCGGCGGCGACCUCAUCGUGGCCGUGUCGGACGGCAACGGCUGGCCGCGCGCCGUGACCUGCCCCUCCACCUGCCUCAACCUGGCCAGCUACCCCAUCGUGGCGGUGGACCCGGACCAGGCGUGUGUGUGCGACCCGCUCACCAUCGCACACGCCAUGGAGGCGCUCAACAACGCGCUGAGUUCCACGGCCGGCAUGUUCGUGGGGCUGUGGUUCAUGUGGGUGUUCGGCAUGUUCUUCCAGUCCAUACUCACGGCCGACUUCGUGCGGUCAGACUGUGAAGCCAAGGCGCAGGAAGGCGCGCUGGGCGUUGCAGGAGGUGGAGCCAACGGUGGCGGAGCAGGGGGCGGCGGGAAAAGCUUUGGCGCGCGAGGCGCCGCAAGCUUUGGGGGGCGUGGUUAUAAUAAGUUAUGAGAGCCUGCUACUGUGCGGGUGGUAGUAAUGAAUACUGCAAUCGAUGCAACCCCAAUGUAGUGGCUGGACACGUCUGCGACAAAGCCUGCGGCUUGCCGCAGCCCCAGCUACAUCCCCCAGGCCACUGCCCCAGCCGGGAUGGACAUGUGAGCUGUUGUCGGUAUAGCGCUGUAGGUACCCCUGCUGGGUAGCGCUGCCGCCGCCGCAGCACAGGCCAUGGAGGUGCGGUGUGAGGCGUGCGCGCGGCUUUGGCGCGUGGCGUGUUGCCCGCGGGCAUACAAGUGUAUGCGUUGCGCCCUUGCGCACACCGGACGCGGAGCUGGGUCAGUAUGUGGGCUCGCUGUGUGUUGUUGGGCGCCUCAAGGGUGCAGUGAGGAACAGAUGAGGCAGGCAAGUGAAGCCUGGGUGCAAACUGUGAGGAAAAGGAGGGAGGGAGGAGAAGCUUUUGUCCGGUCUGGUCCAUGCCUCCAUGGCCGCUGGCGAGGGCCUGUAACACUUUUGCGU